AUGAAGUGGUCCUCUUUGUGGAGGCUGUCCCUUCGAGUUAAUGACAGUGUAGCAUUGCCAGGUAAUGUGAGUGUCAGAUACAACUCUGCUUGUGAUUGUUUAGUUCACCCUAACCAUGUUUAAAGAAGGAAUAAAAUCCUUCCAUCCUGGACAGAUCUGUGAAAGAGGAAAAAAAGCGUUUACAUUACUACAAGAGCUGCUUUAAUUCUAACAUGAUUUAAUCUGGUCAAUUGAACUGAACUUCCAGCUGCAACACUACUGCACAGUUCUGCAAACCGUGGGGAUACAGUACCAACAGACUAACAGAGGCUGUAUCACACCUGGUCAUGGAAUUUACUUAAUGCAACACCUGGAUGGGGCUGCCUAAGUAAGUACAGUGUUCUCUUAUUUUCCUUUAACCUGAAAUGAUGUGUCUGUGACAUAUUUUGUUAAGACAUGAUUAGCUAAGAGAUUAGUGUUUUACAGAUGUUUAAACACAUCAGGCACACUUAAUCAAUAAGGCAAGUCAAUAGCCCUGUGUCUGACAGAUAUGAAAUGAUUCAGUCAGUCUGGAAGGCGAUUAGAACACAACUGCAUUGUAAUUGCUGAUAAAUUGAAUAGGACUUGAAUAGGAGAGAGAUGUGCAACAAGGUUUUAAUACUAGAAACGUUUAUGUUUUAAGUACUUGAGUGAGUGACUUUCUUCCUAUGCUAAAGCUGUCCCUCGUGGGGUUUAUUUUUCUCUCUCUCCACAGUCACACAAAUGAAAAAUGUGAUUUAAAAAAAAAAAAAAGAAAAUGGUUCUUUUGGAUGUGUCUGACCUUUUUGAAACUCCAAAUUAAUAUCAUGAUUUCAGCUCGGAGUCUGGAUGCUACAAUGGACUGAGUGUUACUAUUUUAUUUGCUGAUGCCUGACUUUAAAAGAAUCAGGAAGAAAAUAUGCUGUAAUCAACCAUGAAGGGAUGCAAUGUGUCUGGUUUUGUGUGGAUCUUACAAAAUCCAGAGAGAGAAUGGUGAGCUACUGGGAACUCCAUGAAUAAACCACAGACCCUUUCUAAGCCCAAGGCAUCUCUCCACACUGGAUCCUUAAAACACCAAUGUUGGAAAAAAGUUACCCCUUUUUAAUCUUUCAGAUCAUUUCUCUACAGAACUCAGGUUUAAAUAUGGAUACUUUUAGCAAAGAGAAGUUUGUCAACAUAUCUAAAAGCUCCUUGAUUCAACUUAAUCAUGACAGGAGGUUUUACAAAAGUGACAUUGGGACAGGAGGAUGCAACACAUCAGAAAUAUUUAACUGGACCAUGGCUACUGGAAAUGUAACACCUGUCACCUCAGGGGGAAGUACAUUUUCUUUAGAAAAGAACUGGCCUGCCCUUUUAACAGUGACAGUGAUUGUAGUCACUAUUGCUGGCAAUAUACUGGUCAUUUUGGCUGUCUCUCUGGAGAAAAAACUACAAAAUGCCACCAAUUAUUUUUUGAUGUCACUUGCUGUAGCUGACAUGCUCCUGGGUUUCUUUGUCAUGCCCAUUUCAAUGUUGAACAUACUAUAUGGUAAGUGUCUCCCGAUAGAGUUUACAGCAAUGUAAAACACAUGUUUAUGCUUUUUGUUUGCCAGCUAAAUUAUUUCUUGUAAAUGCUAUAAACUCCAGUCAGUAGGACAAUGCAAAGUAUUGCUAGUUAAUAAGGAUUUAAAAUGUAUAAUACUUACAUACACUAAGCAUCAUUAUAUAUGUGUGUAUAAGCAUAUUUUUAAACCACAGGGUUAUUAAUUCUAAAAUAAAACUAAAAAUGAAUCUUAACAUUCAAAUAGCAAUUUCUUGCAUUUAAAUGAUAUAGUUAAAUGUUAACUUAAAAUAUUACAUAUGUUCCCUUAUCCUGGUUAAUAUUGAUGAAUAUAACAAUAAAUCACUUAAAUGCAUUCAAUUGCUAUUGACGACAUUAUUGUCACAACUCCACACACACAAAAUAAAUACACUCAUAUAUACUAGUAUAAUAAGCACACAAUUGUGCUCAUGAGACAAAACUGGCUAAUACAAUCCUUUGCAGCUCUCUGGCUCCCCUUACUGGUCACUGGAGAUAUGCAGGACUCUUGUUGAUAAAUAGUCAGCAUUACACAGAGACAAGUGUAUAGGAAGAUCAUUUAUUCUGGAGAAAAUUACCAAUACCAAGUGCCUGUAACAUUACUGAUACAGCACUAGCAAGCAGAGCCCGAGCCGCUAACAAAGUGAAAGAAAAGUAAAAAUAUUGAGCAAUAUUAUAGCAGUGCUCUAAUAUUGGUGCUUUCCUGACAGUGGAGUGUCAUUUCAGCUCUAGAAAAAUGAUGCACAUCAUUAUAAUGCUGCACAUUAGCCUCCUGUCCUUGGGGAGUGGGGACAUAGAGGUGUAUGCCCCUAAUAUAACUGUAUCUGUGGAUAACCCUAAAGUGGACUGUGUGUAG